AUGGUUGCCAAAAGACAGACAAUUGAUGAAUCAAGUGGUUCCCAUGGCUCUAAAAAAGCUUUGGAUCUAGACUCAAAGUUGACAUCUCGGUAUACAGCUUACUAUCCAGAGGAACAUAAGAUGGAGAUUGAUGUCAUAGAUGUUCCUCAAACUGAGGAGGAGCAAUUGAAAUUUUUCAAUGAUUACGUUGCUUUAAGAAAACCUUGUAAAAUCAGAGGUGUAUCUCCAAAAGGGUUCCCAUUAGAUGAAUUGAAAUAUGAAAACGUAACUGAUUUUUUGGAUAAAGAAGAGGUACUACAAAUCGAGAAGAAAGUGGAUGGUGGGUUUGGUAGUGGAACUAAAAGAUUAAAAAUGACUUUUGAAGAAUUUAUGGAAAGCCUAACUAAAAAGGAAGAAACUGGCCUUUAUUUGACAACUCAAUAUUACGAAGAUGAUCCAGAGAAUGGUAAUUACUCAAGUGAUGAAGAUGAAAAGGAUCAGGUUAUUGAUGAAAAUUUUAAAAGUAGUAUGUCUGAUGUCGAUUCUUUAAUAAAUAUUAAAGAUAUGCACGACGACUUUGACGAAUUGGAACCUUUUGAAAAUGAAGAAGAUGAAAUUGUUGAAGACGAAUUACGUAUUAGAGAAUUAUACCAACCUCCUAUGAUUAAUCUUGCUAAGACUCUACCAGAGACUCCUGAAUUUUUAAAGUACCUUAUCCCACAACAAAUUAAUCUUUGGAUUGGUGCUACAUCCAGAAAAGAUAAUAUCGACUUUGCUAAAAGUUUCCAGAAGGAUACAUCAGACAAGUGGAUGGGCUUAGGAAGAAAUAUUCCAGGUGACGGUUCUUCAUCAGGUCUACACCAUGACCAUGCUGAUAAUAUUUAUAUCCCAAUUAGCGGGCACAAAAGAUUCACAUUGUUCUCACCAGGUGAUGCAGCUAAAAUGUAUACAGUUGGUGAUAUUAGACAGAUAUACAAUUCGGGUAUUAUUGACUAUGUAAGAAAUAGUAAAGCACCAAACUGGAGGCAAUUAAGAGAUGAUGGUGCAAUUGUCGCAGAAGUGUAUAAAAAAUAUUUGGAACAAGAUAAUGAAUUAAGUGACUCAGAUAAAGCCAAAUAUGAGAAGUUUAUCGAGUUAGACAAUGAAGAAGGAUCUAAAUACACUGAAAGAGAUAUAUUAUACUUAGACCCACCUUCUUUUUCCACAAUCCCGCCGGCAUUUGUUCAUAUUGAUGAGAUUGCGGAUGAGAGAACAAGAUCUGAAAUGAGUGAAGUUAUCAAUGUUAAAUGGCCAUUAUUCAAAAACGCAAACAGAAUUACUGUUGAUAUCAAAGCAGGUGAAAUGUUGUAUCUACCAACUGGUUGGUUCCAUGAAGUGACAUCAUAUGGUGAUGAAAAUAAUACAAAAACCAAGAAUCAUAUACAUGUUGCAGUAAACUAUUGGUUUGUACCACCAAAUGGCGACAAAAUAGACAAUGUAUACUCUAACGCAGAUAAAUAUUGGCUAUCUGAUUACGAGAGAACCAAGGAGUCUUUAGAACGUCUAAGAUCAGAUGACACUAAUUGA